AACAUUUAAAAAAAAAAAACAUUUCACGGCCUUCCCUCCAUCCCCGCCAAAGAAUAAAGGUGAAAAACUGGGGAAUUGAGAAAAUUGGAAAAAUUGAUGGCGGCAUUGAUGUAUUUGGAGUGUGAUUACCCAUUAAUUGACUCCGAUUUCCGCAAUUUCUGUGCUUCUCACAACAUUAUUUCAGUUGAAGACUUUCUCCUGCAUGAUCUUUAUGUGUUAGUGAUUUCAACCGAACAGCAUCAUAAUUCUGAGAGAUUGAAGGAGGGGAUCACCCAGGUUCUGACUAUCAUUAACAAGCAGCAUCAACCAUGGGUAGAUGGCCAGGAGUUGUUGGAUGAUGCUUUACAGAAUAAGCGCUUCUUACCUACUGGAUGCAGAAGCAUAGAUACAUUUCUUCAUGGUGGAUUAAGAGAGGGAUAUCUGACGGAGCUAGUUGGCACAUCAUCCUCUGGUAAAACACAAAUUUGCUUACAAGCUGCUUCAGCUGUUGCAAAAAGCUGGGGCAAAAUCGUUUUCUUGGACUCUGGAAAUUCUUUCUCUCCUAAACGUGUUGCUCAAAUUGUCACUCAGACAUCAGAUCUUUCUGCCUAUGAGGUGGACAAGGCUCUUCAAGAAGUAAUGAACAACGUAGUAUGUUUCUCAGUGUUUGACAUUUUUACACUGUUUGAAGUGCUUCAUCAGCUAAAGAACAAUCUGAGAUCUCAGAAAGAUCAGCACAUAAGAAUGCUUAUCAUUGACUCAAUAUCAUCACUCAUUGCACCAAUUCUUGGAGGUGGUGCACAUGGACAUGCUUUAAUGGUUUCAGUGGGAUUUUUACUAAAACGAUUGGCACAUGAACAUGAUAUCUCCAUUUUGGUCACAAAUCACAUGGUGGCUGGUGAGAAAGGUACUUCCAAGCCAGCACUUGGAGAGAGUUGGAGAAGCAUCCCGCAUAUUAGGCUUCUGCUAUCCAAAGACCAGAUUAGUAAUAUCAGCAGCAUAUCAGUAGUUAGACACCCACAAAUGGCUACUGGAGAUAGAGUGGAGUUUGCGUUCCAACAACAUCAGGUUUUAUAAUGCCUGAAAUUUUUAUCAAAAGUAUCAACUUUGAUGCUGCUUCAUCGUGGGAGAAAUGUUAUCUAAGGUUGCUGUUGGAGAAUUAAACCUAACUGUUUGCUAGUGCAGUAAUGAGUUGCUAUAAGUUUUCUCAACUAUAGAUUUAUAAAUGGUUAUACUUUUUGGGACACCUAUUCAUUGAAAAAGAUUAUACUUGUUGCUAUA